AAUCUUCAUGUGUUGACAGAUCUGUGUUCAUUAAUGAUAGUGAACUCAAUGUUGAAUCAUUGAUUGAGAAUCUGAAGAACAUGAUAAUGAAGAAAUUAUCUGUGUCAUGUGUGGCCAGGUCUUCUACAUUCUCUCUUACUCUCUCUGUUUCUUUCUCUGUCACUCUCUCUUAUUCUUCUACACCUGUUCCUGUGCCUGGUUCCUCUCCUGCUACCUCUGUUCCUGUGACUCUCACUCAUGCUACUUCUGGUUUUACUGUCUCUGCUUUUGUUAUCAGCUCUCCCUAUUUCAAGAAGAUAUUGUAUAGACUUAAUGAAUCAUCUCUCUCAUUUUACUUUGCUUCAGCAUCAGAGACCAUUCUGAUCAAAGAUGACAACACUGCUGAGACUACUCUGUCUCACUCUCAAGCUUCUCUCAUUGCUUUCUCUCUCUCUCUCUUCUCUGCAGGGAAGGUUGUGCACACACCAGAUCAUAAGU